UAGAUAGCAAAUGAGAUAUCCACUGAACGACACACCCAUAGCGUGCUCAGCGACACACGUUAAUUAUUAGCGCAAGAUGAAGCUUCAGCAGGUAGCUGCAGUCGCCGCCCUUGUGGCGGUGGCGCUGGCAGCGACGACGGCUAGCGCCGUGACAUUCGAGGUGUCCAACACGGCGUCGAGCACCGCCGGCGGGCAGCGGUUCGACCAGGCCUUUGGCCUCGACUACUCGAAGCAGGUCCUCUCCGACGCCUCCACUUUCAUCUGGGCCAUCUUCAACCAGCCCUCCGAGGCCGACCGCAGGCCGGUGGACACCGUGACGCUCGUCGUGGAGGACAUCGGAGAACGCAUCGCCUUCACCAUCGGCAACGGCAUACACCUCGGCGCCCAGUACGUCGGCGGAAUAUCCGGCGACGUGAAGACCGAGGUCUCCGGCGUGCUGUACCACGAGGCGGUGCACGUGUGGCAGUGGGGGCUGCAAGACUACGACGUGCACCCUUGGAUUUUUGAGGGGAUCGCUGACUACGUGCGGCUCAAGGCAGACUACGUGCCGGGCCACUGGGUGGCGGCCGGAGGCGGCGACAAGUGGGACAAGGGGUACGACGUGACGGCGAGGUUCCUGGACUACUGCGACUCGCUCAAGGCCGGGUUCGUGGCGGAGAUGAACGGCAAGCUCAGGGACGGGUACAGCGACGACUACUUCGUGCAGAUCCUGGGGAAGAGCGUGGAGCAGCUGUGGAACGACUACAAGGCCAAGUACUCCCAGGGCUGAUCGUGAUCAGUCGAUGCAGAACAUGCAUUUGUCGGCGUUUUACGUGUGAGCUAGCUUAAUUAAGCUAUAGUAAAUUGUUGUAUUACUCCCUGAGGAGAUAGAAUAAAACAAUGUCCCAUGGGUACCGUACGUACAUGUCUAUGGUUUGUUGAA